AUGCUCUGCUCCACCGAAGUGGUCGGGAUCUUCUUGAUGCUCGCUUCAGGCAUCUCCGUGACCUGCGAGAUGGUCACCAGCAAGAUAAUCGAGGAGAUGCACUGGCCAUAUUGGUACCUGCUGACCGCAUGCUGCGUCGUGGCGAGCUCGGUGAACGGGCUCCUCCUGUGGUGGCAGGGCACGACCUGCCCUAAAGUCGGGGACAUCAAGUGGGUGCUGGCGCGGGCCAUUUUCGAGAAUCUGCAUUGGAUGCUCGCCAUGCUCUCCGUGCUGGUAGGGGCUGCCCCGGGCGACGUGGCGGCGCUCACGAGCAUCGACAUCAUCGCCGCGGCACUCUUGGGCCUGGUCUUCCUUGGGGAGCGGGUCAGCGUGCUCCACUUGCUCGCCUUGCUUCUCUCAGUAGCGGGCGCUUUGUGCAUCUCCCAGCCGCAGUUCCUUUUUGGCGAUGUGGGUGAGCAGCAGUCUCCUCUUGGCUACUGUCUGGCAAUGAUGUCUGGCUGUUUCCAAGCAUGCUCCUUUGUUUGUGCUCGCAAGUCGGCCCACAUCUCCGUGUCCCUGCUCGCCUUUGUCACGCUGCUUUUUGCAGUGCCCGCGGCGCUGCUGCCGCCCAUCUUCCGGGUGGGCGGCGCGACGAACUCUUUUGAGCCUGUGCUUGAGAAGCCAUGGCAAGCCGUGGGCCUUCUGUGCAUCCUCACCGUGUGGACCUUCUUCUCCAUCCUACUCCCGGCCGCCGGCGCAACAAGGUGUCCCGCAGCGGUCAGCGCCACCGUCUUCACAUCUUCGAGCAUGAUCACCGGAUACGUGGCCCAGACCAUCCUCUUCGGAAAUGCCCCGAAGCCGCUGAAGCUGCUGGGUGCCGGCUGCAUGCUCCUGAGCGUUGUGAUGAUGGCGAUCCGCUGUCAUGUGCCGGAGCCUGAGGAGGCUUGCACUGCAGACACUGCAGGCGGCGCAGAGGUUGUACUUGAGCCAGGUGCAGCCGAGGACGAUGAGACGCUGAGCCUCGGAUCUUUUGUGGCUUCGGAGAUCUCCUUCACUUCGAGCUCCAGGAGCUUGCGGCGGCGCAGCACUGCCGGCUCAGCCAACGCGGCCAACUCAGCCGGCCUCAAGCCUGUAGCACAACGCCUUGGAGCCUGCCUGCCUAUCGCUGUCACCUCUGCCUGA